AUGAGACUUGAGGCUGUGAUGGAGCAGCUUCAGAAGCAGCAGAAGCAGCAGCAGCAGCAGCAGCAGCAUCCAGCUCCUGUACAGAUGGAUUCCAGGGAAAGGCAGGAGAGGCAGAUGAGAGAAGCCCAGAUUCUGUAUGCUCAGCAGCUGGCAGCCCAGCAGGCCAGUCUCACCCCUCCAUCAAGCAAGGCUUCUGGGAGUCCUGCUCUGGGGCCACUGGCCAGAGCACCACCAGUAAUGGCAGCUUCUCGAGUUGUGAACUCAGAACCUGAUGAAGAAGAGGAAGGAGUACUAGAAGAUGAGGAAGGAGAUGGGGAAGAAGCAGAGAUCAUUGAGAGGGAAGCCCAGCAUUCUUCCAAAUAUUUCCAUGUGCAGAAAGUGACUCGUCAUGAUCCCAGACCUACCCCCAUGUCGAAUCCUUCUCCUCUUCCAGCAGCAGGGCUGCAAAGGGGUCUACAGAUCAAAGAUGAUCAAGCCAGAGAUGCUUCUAAAGCCCCACCUUCAGUCCCAGCGUCUGGGCACUCAAAUUGGAAUCUGGAAGAGCAGCUCAAGCAGAAUGGUGGUUUGACCUGGAGCGAUGAUGCAGAUGGAGGACGAGGAAGAGAGAUCUCCCGAGAUUUUGCUAAGUUGUAUGAACUGGACAGUGACCCUGAACGGAAAGAGUUCCUGGAUGACCUUUUUAUCUUCAUGCAGAAGCGAGGGACUCCGAUCAACCGGAUCCCCAUCAUGGCCAAGCAGAUCCUGGAUCUCUACAUGCUCUACAAACUGGUGACAGAGAAGGGGGGGCUGGUGGAGAUCAUCAACAAGAAGAUUUGGAGGGAGAUCACCAAAGGCCUCAACCUGCCCACAUCUAUCACCAGUGCAGCCUUCACUCUGCGCACCCAGUACAUGAAGUACUUGUACGCCUAUGAAUGUGAGAAGAAAGCUCUGAGCUCCCCCGCUGAGCUCCAGGCUGCCAUCGACGGCAACCGGCGGGAGGGCCGUAGGCCCAGCUACAGCUCCUCCCUUUUCAGCUACUCCCCCACCACCCCUGGUGGGCCCACCUCCCUGCUCUCCCCCCCAAAGAUCCGAUUCCCUAUCCUCGGACUCACCCCCAGCGGCAGUGGUGGAAACAACAGUCCUCGGCUGCCGCCAGCCGCGACACUCAGGAAAGGUGAUGGAGUCACCAUGUCGGUGCCCAUGCCCAACCGGCUGGCUGUGCCAGUGACCUUGGCAGGAGGCCAGCAGGCCGGCCCCCGCACGAGUACACUGGAGCAGCUGCGGGAGCGGCUCGAGGCCGGGGAGCCCCCUGAGAAGAAGGUGUCCAGGAUGACUGAGGAGGAGCAGCGGUUUGUGCAGCAGGCUUUCCAUCGAAAUCUACUGAACGUGGCCCGGCAGCUCCCCAUGAAAGUAAAAAUCAACGGCAGGGAAGAUCGCUCUGAGGCAGCAGCAGCAGCACUGAACUUGUCCACGAGUGGCAUUGGCAGCAUUAACAUGUCUGUGGAGAUCAAUGGCACCAUCUAUGCAGGUGUGCUGUUUGCCCAGAAGCCUGUGGUCCACCUCAUCGCCAGCCCAGCCCCUCAGAGCACCUGUAGCAGCAGCAGCAGUGUUAGCUCCCACUGCUCCCCAAGUCCUACCUCAUCUCGGGGCACCCCCAGUGCAGAGCCCUCAACCAGCUGGGCCCUCUGAUGGAUCAGGAGGCCCAGCUCCCACCUCAAGAGCCAGGAAAGGAGUUGAACAGU